AUGGCAUUGUCAUAUUGUAAAGACUUUACACUUGAAGAAGAUGACGUUCCCGAUUUUGAAAUUAAACAUAAUUGUUGCGUAGAUGGAUAUGUUAAAUGUGCUUGUCAUGAGUUGGAGAAUAUAACAGGCUACAAUGAAAGUAAAUGUAAAACGUGUCAGCCUGGUUUCGAUUCAGAUGUGACUUAUCUCAUACUUCCAAUACUGUGUUCAAUAAUAGCAAUUGCAUUGAUACUUUUAGCUGUUCCUAUAUUUGCUAUUAGUUCAUUUUCUUUAUUUAAAAUUUUAAAUGCUAAAUGUCCAAAAGAAUUGAAUAAGGAAGUCCCAGAUGAUGCAGUGCCUUUAGUUUAA